CAGUUAACAUCUGCCGACGCUUGUCCAAAACCUCACUGGGAAGGAAUAUGCUUGACCAGCAGGUGAACUGGUGAAGUAUAAAUCUCCCGCCAUUCUCCCCCGACAAAACCCCACACUCGAAAACGGUUAUAGCUAGAGAGAGAUAAUCGGAGCUGGGAUUCCUGUUGGCUAGAAUUUAAAAGUGCGAGAAAAUGGCGAGAAACGUGGAUGCUUUCAUGGUCGUCUGCCGGUGCUUCAGCGUCGUAACGGCCGUCGCCGCCCUCCUUUGCAUCGCCGUCAAUGUUCUCUAUGCCGUCCGUUCGUUCAUGAACGAAUCCGAUAUAUUUGACGGGAUAUUCCGGUGCUACGCGGUUCUGAUUGCGAUCUUCGUCGUCGUUGCCGAGACUGAAUGGGAUGUCGUUAUGAAGUUCUGGAAGGUGUUGGAGUAUUGGGUGGCCAGGGGUAUCCUGCAGAUCUUCGUCGCAGUGAUGACAAAAGCUUACUCUGAGGACUCUGAUGACCAGACGGUGCUCGUUCUCCUCGAAAACAUAGCAAGCUACAUGCUUCUUGCUUGUGGCGUUGUUUAUGUUGUUUCGGGAAUUUUCUGCGUUGGCUAUGUCAAACGCGCUCACCAGAAGAAAGAAGUUCCACGGGAUCAAGCAAUCAAGGAUUUGCAAGAGUUAGAGCAGCGUAGACAGGAACUUGAAGCUUUGUUAUUAGUUCAAGAAAGAGCUUGAGACAAUGAUGAAGGGUUUUACCCACAGGCCAAGACUACAAAUUUGGGUUUUUCACCACGGUCACGAAUUUUUUCUUUUGUAUAGGUUUGUUUCUUCUGAUCGAGUGUUGUUUUUUCGAGACUUCGUACCUUGACAGGGCGUAUUCAUUUUGAGAUCACUUAGAAUUGUGAAAAAUGCCUUGGUAGUUGUGAAUGCUGGAAUAGUGUUCGACUCAUUGUACUUGUAUUUAGAGAGAGGAUAUCAGAUAUCAUUUGUCAACUGAACCAUUUCUGUUCCGCAAUUCAUCGUGAUUCAUGUUUCCGCCAUAUUCGGUUUUGUAAUGGAAGUUCUUCAGCUGCUACUGUUAAACAGAUCAUAUGAGCUCAGAGAAUAGGAAUUUUGCUGGCUUUUCUAGGGCUACCAAUGGUUCAACAGUCUUAAAUUUUCUGUUUCUUCGGGGUGUAUUAAUUUCA